AUGUCGUCCCCGCUUCCAAAUUUCUGCGACCUUUACAUCAGCAAGACCAUGCAUGCAACACGGAGUGGUCAGAUCUACUCCCAUGAGCCCUUGAGAAGAGAAGUUACUUCUGGUGACGGGGAUUCUGAUAGCGAUAGCAACCAUUCAGGAUACCCUGAUAAUGACGACGGCGAUGAAGAACAUAAUCAGGGCAGAGAGAGGGGAUCCCAGGAAUUUGGCGUCUUCUCGGAGGAUGAAGAUUCCGACGAUGAGUCCCUGCAUACUGUGCUCGCUGUCGAUCAUUGUAGAUUGGUACGAUCAAGGAGACAGUCAAGCGAGCAACUGAGUCCAUACUUCGCUUUCCAAGUUGGUGUGGCGGAGGUUGAAACUCGCAGUAUUCGAAUUGGCUCAUUAAGGCAAGGAGGAGAAGAGAAGUGCUCGUGCGGAAAAGAGCUUUGCUUCCACGUUGCCAGGCUGAAGUCGGCAAUGGGCAUAGAGGCCGGCGAUGACUGUUACGAACGCCUUAACGAGCGUGGCAUGUCCAACGUAUGUGACGACCUUGGAUGGGAUUUCUCAGACGAACCUUAUCUUUUUCCAGCCCCUCAAUGGUCGCUUAAGAACGAGAGACCAAGGACAAGUACAACAACCCGCGAAAGGGAGGCUGACGUCAGGGAUAUGUUAUCAUUUUUUCAUCCACAAGCAGUGGCAGACGAGUACCGAGAUAUUUUUGAUUUCGCUGUGCACAACGACGCCGUCCUUGUUCCCUAUAACCUGGAAGCAACUCUGGCCAAAUUACUGACUCAAGAUGAUGUCAUCUUUCAUCGAUUUGAACAACACAUCCCCAGAGAGCGCCGCGAUAUUAUGUAUCUACACAAAAUGGAGGACAAAUUCAACGAAUCACUCCGCCAGCUAGAUGAUUAUGCAGCUUCUGGCAACCCAUCAAAUUGGGAUGCAAUGACGCCAUUCGAAAAUGUUGAUUUCGAACACAAUGUACCAUGGUGUGCUCAAGCUCUCAUACACAUUAGUGAUUCAAUGAGGGACAAUCUGAGAUGGAGAGUCGGUAUGAGUAGGAAUAAUCAGUUACAAGCAGCAGCAAUGUUAAUCCGAAUGCUGGAGGCUAUUCGCUCGCGCAACGUCGACGUAUACUCUAAUCAUUCUUUUCGGCGCAGCAGACCUCAUGGAGAACAAUUAACGAAUCGAAACCUCUACUUGAACUUACUUGGUCCACAAUCUGAGAAUAUUCCAGAUAGAAGCGACUUUAUUAUUGAUGCGCUCGAAUCUUUGCCUGGGAACGUCGUUGCCGCAGGUGAUUUUGUCAAUCGCCUAGAUCGUCUUCGUACCGACCUUAGCAGUGUAGCAUUCGUUUCUCCAAGACGACUCUAUGUGAAUAGAUUGGGACAGCUCAUUUCGAAGCUCAGAGUAAAUUAUGGGCUUCCUCUAGUUUCUGUUUCGUCAGCCAUGCCGGCUGCAAGCGCUGCUUCUACCGACCUCAGCUCUCCCUACAGUGUUGGACCAAGCGCUUCGUCGUAUGCCGUAGCUGGCCCGUCGUCUCUCGGAGUACCCAAUUCUUCUUUAAGAACUAGACGAGGUUCCUCAACUCGUUCAACAUUGGGAAAGCGGUCCGGCAGGUCUGCUAGUUCCAGUGAUCGACGUGGAAAACGCGCCAUGAAGUAA